GUAAAUUCCAUCAUCAUUUUCUCAGCAGCACAAACCCUGCAUCGAAACCCUAGGUCUCAGCAACGAUGCAGAUAUUCGUGAAAACCCUCACGGGGAAGACCAUCACCCUUGAAGUGGAGUCUUCGGACACCAUAGACAAUGUGAAGGCCAAGAUCCAGGACAAGGAGGGCAUCCCGCCGGAUCAGCAGCGGCUCAUCUUCGCCGGAAAGCAGCUCGAGGACGGCCGCACCCUCGCCGACUACAACAUCCAGAAGGAGUCCACCCUCCACCUUGUCCUCCGCCUCCGCGGCGGACGCUCCGUCGCGAUGCAGAUAUUCGUGAAAACCCUUACGGGGAAAACCAUUACCCUUGAGGUUGAGUCUUCGGACACAAUCGAUAAUGUGAAGGCCAAGAUCCAGGACAAGGAGGGCAUCCCGCCGGAUCAGCAGCGUCUCAUCUUCGCCGGAAAGCAGCUCGAGGACGGCCGCACCCUCGCCGACUACAACAUCCAGAAGGAGUCCACUCUCCACCUCGUUCUCCGUCUCCGUGGUGGUGCCAAGAAGCGCAAGAAGAAGACCUAUACCAAGCCUAAGAAGAUCAAGCACAAGCACAAGAAGGUGAAGCUCGCUGUCUUGCAGUUCUACAAGGUUGACGACUCCGGCAAGGUGCAGAGGCUUCGGAAGGAGUGCCCCAACGCUGAGUGCGGCGCUGGAACCUUCAUGGCUAACCAUUUCGAUCGUCACUACUGCGGCAAGUGUGGUCUCACUUAUGUCUACCAGAAGGCCGGUGCCUAAGUUGUAACGGAUUUGCUUUUCUUACUUUUAUUUUUAGUUCUUAAAGUUUUGUUUCAUGUUUUGUUCGUUUAGUGUUGCGACUGUUUCGGUUUAAUUAAGCUUUUCUCAAUACUUUAUCGAUUUGGAUUGUCAAUUAUUCGCAUCCAUAUUUUGUUAAUUCCGUUGAAGUAGUUUAUGAUCGAAUUGCUAUGGCGGUUAAUUGUUCUAUGAUAUGCUGGUAGUUUAUGA